AUGAGUGACCUUGCCAAUAAAACAGCUUUAGUUACAGGAGGAGGUUCGGGGAUCAAUCUGGAACUUGCAAAGGCUCUUAGAGACAAGGGAUGCGCAGUCCUUAUCGCUGACAUCGCACUGACUCCCACUGCCGCAGCAUGGCUCAAGUCUCUUGGAAACCAAGCCAGCCCCCGAGUGGUAUUUCACAAGACGGAUGUAACGUCACUGGAUCAAUUAGUCGAGAUGUUCGAGGUCUUUGGCAAGAAGAUCGGCGGAGUACCUGAUAUCGUAGUGCCAGGCGCGGGCGUGUACGAAGGGUCCUUUCCUGGGUUCUGGAAUGACAAGGACAAAACGCUCAACUACGGGAUUCUUGACAUUAAUGUGUUGCACCCUAUCAGAACGACACGUAUCGCGAUCCGAAAGAUGCGAGAGGCCAAAAAACCGGGCACCAUCCUUCAUCUCUCAAGUAUUACAGCCCAAAAGCCUUCGGUUGUUCUUCCACUUUAUGCCGUAUCCAAAGCUGCUAUCAGCCAAUUCGUCCGUUGCAUGGCACCGCUCGACGAGAUGUGCGGUAUCAGAGUAGUUGGCAUUGCGCCAGGGCUAGUUGACACGCCUCUGCUUCGUAAUAACUCGGGAUCACAGAAUCACGUUGAUCCAUCCCAUGACUUUUUGUUGCCUCCUCAGGAAGUUGUGAAGGCGAUGAUGGCAUUGCUCACUGAGACUAAGUACGUUGGGGGGACUGUUCUAGAGGUUGGCGAUAUUGGGAGUUGGAGGGAGGUGCACAUACUGGGAGAUGCUGGUCCCCAGGGCCGAUCAACCCGUGCAAGAGCCAAGACAGCCGUUGCCACACUCAACCUUGCAAAGACGUUGGUGGGAGACGAGGCGAGUGUGUCUGGGUCCUCUAAGCUAUAA